AUCGCGUGUGGUGGCGCACACGAAACAAGAGUUCGUCCAUUCAUUCGAAGCGCUCUUCGUUUGUCGAUCGUUCUCGUACGGCGCUGGUAUUCGGCGACCGUACCGCACUAUGCGGCGUUGCUUUACUCUGACCAAACCCUGCGGACCGAGCUGACCCAUCGACAAGUCUUCUAUCGCAAUACUUUUACAAGUACAACGUCGGGGUUUUUGCUCAUUUGACGUCCCACAAACCCACUGCUUCGACCAUGAAGGAAUCGACAGCGGCUAGCCACGACCGACGCUGGCGCACUUCCAUGAGCCUCGUGUUGCCCCAGGUACGCUACGAACAUCUCAUAGCCGGCAUUUCUGGCGGUGUCACUUCCACCCUCGUGCUGCAUCCGCUAGACCUGCUCAAGAUCCGACUGGCCGUUAAUGAUGGACAGCUGAAGAGCCGGCCGCAAUACCAGGGCAUCUUCAACGCUGUCUCGACCAUCAUCAGGGAAGAAGGAAUCCGGGGUCUCUAUCGUGGUGUGGCACCAAACUGUUGGGGUGCCGGCACUUCCUGGGGCCUCUACUUCCUCUUCUACAAUUCCAUCAAGUCGUGGAUGUUGGACGGCAGCCCUGACAAACAGCUCGGUCCUGGCAGGCACAUGAUGGCAGCUGCAGAGUCUGGGCUGCUGACGCUAGUCAUCACCAACCCGAUCACCAUGGUAAAGACUCGCAUGUGCCUGCAGUACGCUGACCACCACAUGGACUUGCCGGCCACCCGCCGUUACUCUGGCAUGCUGGACGCAUUUCAGAAGGUCUACAAGUACGAAGGGGUCACUGGCCUCUACAGGGGAUUUGUGCCAGGCAUGUUCAACGUAUCCCAUGGAGCACUGCAGUUCAUGGUGUACGAGGAAAUGAAGAAGGCGUACUGCAGUCGCUUCAACAUCUCUCCACACGCCAAACUGGGCACACUUGAGUACCUGACGUUUGCUGCGCUCUCCAAACUGCUCUCUGCUAGUGUCACUUACCCAUAUCAGCUGAUGAGAGCACGCCUCCAGGACCAACACCAGAAUUACGAGGGCCUCAAGGAAGUCGUCAUGCGAACCUUUCGGUAUGAGGGCCUGCGAGGUUUCUACAAGGGCGUCACGGCUUACUUCCUCCACGUGACCCCGAACAUCUGCAUUGUGUUCCUCAUGUACGAGAAGCUGGCUCCCCUGCCCGAGCGAGGCUCCUAGUGUGCCCAGACCGACAACGAGCCCCCGGGAGAGGGCAUCGCCAUCUGCGAUUCGCUCGAGGCUGACAGGGUUGCCAACACCACGGACGAGGCCCGCUGAAGGCGCGCUCGGGGCUGUUGCUGAUGGCUUCACUCCGCAUUCGUUGCAUGCCUGCACUGUUGUUGCGCCACGUGGCUCUUGGGUUCUGUCCGAUGCAGAAUUUCUCGCAUCGUUUGGGGCUUGGCAUUGUGUGUGUGUUGUUGGGCACACUGCUCUAAUAGGUUGCAAUAAGUUCAUUUUGAGUGGAUGUCCAGCAUCAUCUGCUAGCAUUGGCAACAGACAACGCUAACAAAGUUUUUGUCAGUUUCGAUGGUAGCCAUGCCCCAACCAGUGCAUCUUUUUUAUGGGAGCAGCCACCGAGACAAGGCUGUAUUAGCAGGCAUUUUCGUUUUAUGCCUACAAGCAAGCAUUAGCGAAGCUCCAACGCAUCGACUGUCUUUGACGCGUUCUUUUGCAACUGCUGAUGGUGCAGAGCUUCUGCGGGCGAGCAAACGAAAGUAAUGGCUGUGCCAAAUGCCCACUUUUGAAAACUAGGGUCCAAAUGAUGAAUGGAGGUGGGUGUUUUUGUGAUAAAAAUCAAGCGUUGCAUCCGACAGGACCGAAGAGCCCAGGGCUGUUGUGGGUUCCGUCGACGAUUGUUUCAUUUCUUUUGCCCCCACCUUCGGCGAAGCUGCCUGUGCCUCCUCUGCUUGUCUUCUUUUUUGUUACUGUUGACUGCACGUCAGGAGCAUUGUUACAGGGCCUUCACUGUCGCCCCACGCGCUUGCAAGUUCUCCUUCCAUUCUUUCACUUUUGAUGUUGUUCACUCACUAACACCGUUAGCUGUUCAAAACUAAACUAUUGUUGCUCUCUAUUGUCUUUAACGCUUUCAUCUCUCACUUCCAUCUACUUUCCCCAACUCCCAUUUUUUGCACGUGCAGACGACCUGCACCAUCUUUCUGUAUCUUCAUGCCUAUCAUCGAAGCAUUGUUUGUAAAAGCUGGAUUCAGAUGAUGGGACACAGUGCCUGUCUGUGUGUGUCGCAUGCUUAUUGUCCAACCUUCGAAUUGCCUGAAUCUGUGACACACACUCCUGGGGUAAAUCUUCGUAAAUGCAAUAACGUGCACUGCACUGUGACGACAAAUGCGCACAAUUCCAAAAAACGCACAACGAGCAUUCAGUCCGUAAAUAGCAGCGCUGAAGUUAGCUUGCCUGGUGUCACAGUGCAUCAAGUGUCUGUUCUGCCAUUUGAGUCCAGCUUCAUCAUGAGAGUUCGUAAAAAUAUGCAUCAUUCUCUAUUACCAUUCUUGAUCUAUCAUUAUGGCAUUGGGGGAGAUAGCGCAAAAGACUUGGAGGUGUUCUCUUGCAGCGACAUACCACCGAACACUUCGCGUACCUCCGUUUUUUAUAGUGCCCUUCACCCUUCAGUUCUUGUUCACCAUGGCAAGCUUUGGUGAACUGUAUCCACGCCAUACUUGUCGUGAAAAGAAGCGAGCUUUAGCCAGUACGUACAUGUACUCGUAUUCAUGUUUUCAAAAGCAAUGUCAGGCCUGAUACGCAAGCAGCACCAGCAGCUCUAAGUGUGACAGUAUGCCGUAUUAGAACCAAGAUUGUCCUAUAUCAUUUCACUGCGCACAUAUGUUAUUGAUACAUUCUACUGUAUGGCACCUAUUGGCAGGAUGAUUUGGUGUACUCGCUACAAGCCCUUUGCAUCGCUUAACUAUUGUGUACUCAUGCAAAAGCCACUGAACAAAUGUUGCACACGAGAGACAAGAAGUACACUGAACAGUACUGCUCUAAUAGCUCAAGUUCACAGAUCUCAUGGACCUGCAAAAAUAGCAACCAUAUAGACCUGCAAGCACAGAGGCAAUCCCAGUGCCGAGACAAUUUCAAGAUAUUAAAGCGAAAACGUGUGUUAGGGCAGUAGUCGUCCUUCUCACUCUUUUGUUCUGUGUAUGCAUUCUCUAUUGGUUGUUUUUUUUAUGACAGAGUGUCUACCGAUUCAGUGAAACUUGAUUGAAGCAUUAUGUGGCAAGACAUGAGUGUAUGCAGUAGCAGAAUAUGUCGUUUGGUCCAGAAUGGCAUCUGCCAAUGCUGCUGCUGGUGGCUGCAUUCCGGCACUCUACGAAAACGUGGGCCGAAGCGUGCACGUAUCGGCUAGAGCUCUGCACAUUACCAUGUUCCUAGGUUGUUGCGACAAUGUCGCCUUGUUAUUUAUUUAUUGCUCACAACUUGUCACCGUCAUUGUCCACGGCUCACUCUCUCUUCUUCGACUCUACUUGCCAUGUUGUUUUUAGUGCGCACAACAUCCGAGCCUCGGAUUGGCAUGUGUGCCAUGCAAGAUGUGGUGCGGGUGCCUCCGAAAAAGUUAUCUCUGUACAGUGUGUGGAAUGAGUGGUUUCCGAAAAGGCGAAGCACAGUAGUUGCAUUUUUUUUUUCUUUGCUUUGACGAGACUGUGAUACUUUUCCAGAACGACCCAUGGGUUUUGUUCCGGAAACGAAGAAACCAAAGUUCUGCAAAGAAGUGGAAAAAAAAAGGAAAAGGAAUAUUUUAAGCAGUUUGUGAUUGUGCUUGUGUAUGUGUGUGUACAUCAGGCCAAUAUCCGAAGCUGCAGUUGUUUUGCGCUGUUAACCUUUGCAGCUGUCAGUAUAGUCUCGGUUUCCCAAAGCAACGCGAAGAGCGGUGUUAGGGACACGUUGUUGCUUGUUCCUGAAAUCCGUCGUCAUCGCUGCUGCACGAGGUGUGAUCUGUACAGAGCCGCAGGCAGCAUUGUUAACGUCUAAAGGCUACGCGACUCGCGCGAAGCACCUUCACGAAGCAAUAUGUAAACUACAUGACAAAUGCCAGAUUACUGUAUUAUGUAUUUUUUUGCUCCUCAUUGUUCUCUCAUCACGUGAACUACAUUAUGUAUAAAAGAAGAGUGGUUCUCAAUGAAAAACA